ACUCAAAAUAAUUUUGUGUAGACUUGACAUACGUUUUAGAAUUGAGCUUUACAACUUGUGUUAAUAUUUUCUAUACUGGAAUUUUAAACCACAACAAAAACCUAGUCUUUAUCAUUCUAUGAAGUUCAAGCUUCCAAGACAUACUGUACUCCAGAGUUUGCUCACUGAUAGGCCCAGCAAGCAGUACAUCGGUCGGACAAUUCAACCGUAUCUUGAUCUUCAAAAUCAAACAUCGUGACUUAUCGUGUUUUCCAUCCAUGGCCUAGGCCUGGGUAGCUCAUGUGUACACUUGCUUCGCCUCGUGAUUCGCGUGGAUAUGGACAUAGGAUUUGGUGGUGGACGGUGGUGGUGUUUUAGUCUCAUGGCCAUGGAGUCCUAGUGUUCGUCUUGCUAAGAAUGUGACAGCAUGUCUUACUGAAACUCGGAUUUAUAUUUUUGUCCUUCCACUUCCAGACUGCUUGAUUGUCAAACGCUACCUACUUGUAGAUUUCACCAUACUUCAUUAUCAUCAUGGCAAAACGAUACGACGAUUUAGUGCGCCUUCUUCUUGUUGGGGAUGCUGGUGUGGGCAAAACCUGUAUGAUCUGCCAGUAUGCAAACCGAGAAUUUCAUCAUUCCCACAUCACCACAUUGGGUGUGGACUUUAAAAUGAAAGUCAUUAAUCUGGAUGGAAAAAGAGUGAAGUUACAGAUCUGGGACACUGCAGGGCAAGAGAGAUUUGAGUCUAUUACAAAACAGUUCUACACGAGAGCUCAGGGAUGUAUACUAGUUUAUGACAUUUGUGAUCGGAAGUCUUUUGACUCCAUAGCAAAAUGGAUUGUUUACAUCAAGGAGUAUGCCAGACAGCGUAAAUCUGUGAUUCUCGUUGGGAACAAAAGUGACCUGGAGGCAAAACGAGUGGUCUCCAGGGAAAUGGGGCAGAGUUUGGCUGACUUUUACAAAAUACCGUUUUACGAGUCAAGUGCUAAAGACCCCGAAAGCCUAGAGCUGCCUUUCAAGGACGUCUGCCGCGGCAUUCUUAGAGCCGAGCCAGAGAAUAACGUAGCUGAUGAUUCGCUGGCUGAAAACGUGCUCCAUGCAGCGUCUCAAACAGAAGAUGUCAAGCUGUCACGUGGCUGUCCCUGCUGAAAGUAGUUUUCUCUGUGCCCUUUGACUUUGUGUUUUUAAAGUUAUGGAGGAACCAUCAUAUAAGUUUCAGUGAUAACUGCUGAAAGUAGCUUUGUUUUAAUUUACUUUUUGUGCCUUUUGAUGAUGGUAUGAUACAAUUCUGUCCUGUUUUGGGGAAACUUAAAAUUUUGAUAAUUGCUUUAAGUAACAUUGUUAUUGUGUCUCUAAGUCAUGUAAUUGUACAGUUUUGGAUAAACUAAGUUUUAGGCCGCUUUUUCUUAAAUCAGUUCUAUUGUUUUACUUCGGUCACAUUUUUGUACCAGUGUCUUGUGUAGCGUUUAGGCGCUUCACUGUCACACGCGGAAGACCUGAGUUCGACUUCCAAGUGGCAAAAAAAUUUUUAUUGGGUAUCUCAGUCUUUCUGCUGGUAUGUUGUAACCCUCUCAGCCUGGGUUGGCCCCGACAGGCACGGUUGGAAGCCUGCCUCUUAAUUGAUCUGAAUUGAGUCGAUGCAGGCAUAAAAACACUUACUUUAAAAAAGAAAAAAAAUGUUUAUAUAUUUUUACUUUGUUUAGGAGGCCUAUAAAUUGAGAUAAAAAUUAGAGGUAAUCAUUUUUUAUGGUGCCUUAGCUUUACACGACAAGCAUGUUGAUAUAAAAUUCUUCAGUGUUUUUUUUUAUGAGCUCUCCUUUUCAUAUACAUCUGCAAAAAUUGUGAGCUUUGUGCUGUCUUGUACUAGUUUCAUUUUUCUACAUUUUUCACUUUAAAACAUGACUUUGAAAGCAUUGAAUUCCAGUCGAGGAGAAGUGAAUAAUUACAAAGUGAAAUUGAAAUGUUAUCAAACAAGAGCAUGGACCAUAAUAAUUUGGGGCUCAAAGGAAA